UUAUAUUCGAUCCAGCGAAGGGCAGUAGGGCACCUUCUUCGCUUAUAUGCCCCAAGUUAGAAACCAAGAGCCGAAGAAUCGUCGACCGCCCCCCUCCCAAGCUUUCGUGCUCUAAUGGCGGAAGAGAAGCAGAAGAAGACGCACGGGAUUCCUCCGAAGUACGAUCUCAACGCCAAAUGGGACGCCUGCCUCGAUCUCACCGUGCGGCGGCUUGCCUAUUCCUCUCUCGCCGGUGCUUUCACUGCCCUCCUCUUCUUUAGAAGUCCAGUUACCAGAUGGGCAUCUGUAGCUUUUGGUGCCGGGGUGGGUAUUGGGUCAGCAUAUACAGAUUGCUCGUACAUCUUUGGCAGUUCUUGCCCGGAAAUCUCGUCUUCAAAAGUUUCCGUUGUUUCCUCUGAUCCUCAACAAGACCACAACUGAUUGAAGAUAGCAGCUGAAUAUUGAAACCAGAAGCAUGUUUUUUAUUCCAUUUUGUACGCGUCUCAGAGUUGUUGCCCCUUCGAAUGUUAUGGGGUAGAUCGUAUCCUUGACGGAGUUGUGUUUAAUAUUACAACAAAAAAUAAUUUCUUUUUGGGAGUAAAACAUGCAUCACAAUACUGCUUUAUAUUAUAUUAACUACAUUAAACUGUGU